AUGGCGUUGACAACGGAGUUGGCGACCAAAGUGGAGAAGUUGCUGGUAGCAGCCAGCGGCGGCUCGCUUGUUCGGUCGAUGGAGCAGGUGUACGGGCUCUUAGCAGAACACGGGUUGCUCUACCAGCAGAAAGUGGUGUCCAGCUUCAUAGGCGUGCAUCCAAGCAAUAGGGACGGCUGCGGCGUCUCCGCAAAGCACGUGCAUGAGCUGCUGGCGGACCUGGUGCAUCUGGGGUGGAGCCCUGCCGAAUUUCGCGGCUUAUGCGUUGAAGUUUCGGAGAAGGAAAGGUCCCGGGUGUUUGCCUGGAAUCAAGAGUUGGCCCACAACUCCGAAGGGCAAGUCCCCCCCUGGACAUCGGAGCUCCAACUGAAGUUCGCAACCCUGGCAGGGUCCCACACAAAUCAAGUUCUCAGAUGCUUCCUGGCGAAGACACCAAGUCAAUGUGCGCAAGUCGCCGAGAACGGGCGGCUGAGCCUGAGCUCGCUGCAGACGGCCGAUCCCGACUUCCAUCGAGCCUGCGUCGAAGGUGCUACGUGGAGGAUUGUCUCCCACCAAGUGCCGGAGCGGUUCCCAAACUUUUGCCAGCUUGCACAGGCUGCUGCCAAUGCCACUGGGCAUGUGGCAAGACAAGAAUCGGAAUUACAGCUUUGCCGCAAGAUUCACCAAGAAGUCGCACUGCAGAUGAGCCGUGGGAAAACCAAUGUCAACUACGUUGACAUAAAGGACGCCGUGCUACGCACGAAGCCCCGAAGUGCCUCAACCGUGCCCGCCCUUUUCGUUUUUACCCUCCGCUAUUCCGGAGGACAGACUGCACACCUAUUGCAGGAAACCGAAAAGUUUGUUCGAGCCCACGGCUUCCAAAGCCGCAUGCUGGGUUCGGACAUCUUCGAGGCACUCAACACGGAGAUGAAGUCCCGAGAUCCCGGAGCAUUGAUCAGGCAUAUGAUGUUACAUUUUGCUUAUGGUGCCGAGGAUGCACGGGCCCUGACCGUGAGUGAUGUGAAGAAGCUGUUGUCAGUGGGCAUAGCUAGCAAGCGUGACGAAGCCACCCGAGUGUUUGAAGACUGCAAGGCGCUUUGCAGUACACAUGCGGUCAAUGUGGCUGUCUCCCUCAAGGCGCUAGGCUACCUCCAGAUGAAUCUCAUCGCAGUUUUGCUCGACAAGAAAAAAUACAAAAAGCAUGAGAACAUCCAGAAGGCAGCGCAGCAAUGUGUCGAGGAAAUCAACCAGGCAGCCCAACUCCGCAUCCCGAACCCGUUCGCAAGCCAACACAAAGACGCCAGCCGGCUGAAGUCUGCCGGCUACGAAGUUGGGAUGCAUGUGCUCAGGAAAACUGAUAGUUCCACCGGCAAGAUUAAAGGGAUGACUGCCUCCGAAGUGACACUUGACGUGGAAGGGCAUGAUGUGAAGGUGUCGGCCGAGAGCUUUUUGAAAGGGGAGUGGCGGCAAGUCAACUUCAAAGGGGAAUCGGUUGCCGUGGAGUUCGUUGGCUCGCUACCAGUGAAUUCUGUGGACUUUCAAAUCGCACAGUGCAAGGCCCGCAUCCUGGAUCGAAUGACCGCACAGGAGGCCACGGGGGCCGCCCACUAUGGCAACCUCGAGCUUUACCUCAAGCCUAGCAAGAAUGUGCAGGCAACAAAGAGGUUCGAAAAGGGUGAGCUGGUGCUGAUCCCCAGCACCCACAAGAUCGACUUGAAACGACCCGGCUCUGCAAGCAGCGGCGCCGUCGUGGCAGGUCUCGUCGACAUCGAGGGGGAGACGUACGAAAUUGCGCUCAGCAGCUGCUUGCAGCCCCUGCAGGCAUCGAAGCCAGUACUUCACCCGUUCUGGUGCAUGAGGACGUCGACGGUUUCAGCAGAGUGCAAUCUUGAAUUGUUUCCUCGGAACCACACGAGCAAAAAGUUCAAAAUGGACAGCGAUGCCGUGUGGAACAUCCCAAUGGCCAAGAGCACCAAAGUGAUCAACGAGGGUGGCAUGCUCAAGGACGGAAGCAAAUGGCUCGUGAAGACCAAAGAAGUGGACAACAUGCUGUUCGCUCAGAUAGACAAGUGGGAUCCCAAAUUCGUGCCGUUCGUGACAGGGAAAGCAGUUCAGUUGCGGAAGGAGAAGGACAGGUUCCUGGUGACUACCACCUGGCCUAGUGCCAGCAACACUGCAGGCGCGUGA